CGAAAACUACACCAAAAACAUCCACUUUCAAAUUUUAAAAGUAUAUUUAAAAACCACAAUUGUCCCUUCUGCAAAAACCCCCCUCUCUAAUCACCGCCCACAAUCCUCACUUCGCUCUCCCAAAAAUCCCAAAUUCACAGAACAGAACAAGAGAAAGGCAAGGCGUCGUACGGAAUUCAGGACGGAAUAACUCGAAAUCGGCAGCGGCGGAAUGGAGGAUGACCCUGCGAUUGAGUUCUUGGACUUGGAAACAUGGCCCGUUUCUCCCCCUAGAGUGUUCGGAAGCGGCGCCGCCUUCGUUUCUUCCUCGGAGGCAUCGGCAUCGGCAUCGGCAUCGUCGACGCUUUCACCGUCGCCACAGUCGCAGGAUUCUCCGGCGGAUACUUAUUUCGUGGGCUUUAUUCUUGCUUACGUGAAGGGCAUCCAGUACUACAACGGAGCGGUCCAUGGCCGGGAAAUGGUGGGACUCGUCCGGGACCCUCUUAAUCGCUAUGAUGAAAAUGCGAUUAAAGUUGUGAACAUCCGGUCGGUCCAAGUCGGCAACAUUGAUAAGGCCGCCGCCCGAGUCCUGGCCCCGAUGAUGGAUACCCAGUUGAUCAAUGUUGCAGGUAUCGUGCCAAAUGGGUCAAAGUCAAAUAGGUACCAGCUACCUUGCCAAGUUCACAUUUUUGCUAGACAAGAGGCAUUUGAUGAUGUGAAAUCGGCCGUUUCAGACGGUGGAUUCCAAUUGAUGUCAGAGAGUAGUAGCUCAUCAUUUGCAUUAUCACAAUCUGAUGUCACUAAACGCAAACUAAAUGGGGAAGGUGAAAAAAGUGUUGAUGAGAUAUUUAAACUGUUGGAUGAGCAAAUUGCUGAAGCUGGUGUAUUGGGUGAACUAGAGCCACCAAGAGAUGUCAUAAAAUCUGAGCUUCUUUCGCACCAAAAGGCAGGGUUAGCAUGGUUGGUUCACCGGGAAAACUCUUGUGAUUUACCCCCCUUUUGGGAAUCGAAAGAUGGAGCUUAUUAUAAUGUAUUGACAAACCAUCUCAUUAACGAAAGGCCGGAGCCUCUACGAGGUGGAAUAUUUGCUGAUGACAUGGGACUAGGAAAAACCCUUACUUUGCUUUCUUUGAUUGCUUUUGAUAAGUUCUUUGGUGAUUGUUCUCGAUUAGAUGAUUCCGCGAAUGCUGGAAAUGCAUCCUCCAUGGGUGAAAAAGAAACAACCACCGUACGUUUAAAUAAGCGAAAAAGGGAAAGAGGAAGGCAUACUUGUAAUCCAGAAAAGACGCAAAGAACAGGAGAACUAGAGGUGUCGAACAAUAGCAGAAAGACAGUUUCAGAGACAUCAAAAUAUGCAUGUUCAACAAGUGACACCAAGCAGAGGUCAUUAUGUAAUUCGAAUAACUCUCUGAAUACAUGUCCAAGAAUCGGGACCAAAGGAAAGACAGUAUGUGAUUCAGAUUCAUUAAAUGAUGUCUGUUCAGAAACAACUUUGGUUGUUUGCCCACCGUCCGUAUUUUCAGCGUGGGUAACCCAGUUAGAGGAUCACAUAGCGCCAGGAAAGCUGAAAGUAUACAUGUACUAUGGAGACCGAACCAAAGAUGCUAAUAAGCUUCUUGAGUAUGAUAUUGUCCUGACUACAUACAGUACCCUUGCUACUGAAGAUGCCUGGGAGGAGUCCCCUUUGAAAAAGAUUGAGUGGAGGCGUGUUAUCUUGGAUGAGGCUCAUCUGAUUAAGAAUGUUAAAGCCCGGCAGAGUCAAGCUGUUACAAAUUUAAAAUCAAAGAGAAGGUGGGUUGUGACUGGAACACCCAUACAGAACAGCUCCCUAGAUUUGUUCUCUUUGUUGGCGUUUUUGAAGUUUGAGCCAUUAUCAGUUAAGAGCUACUGGGAUAGUUUGAUAGCAAAGCCUCUUGCUUCAAGAGAAGAGAAGGGUAUCUCCAGGCUUCAGGUUCUUAUGGCAACAAUAGCAUUGAGGAGGACAAAAGAUAAAACUCUGAUUGGUCUGCCAUCAAAAUCCGUGGAGACCCUUGUCAUUGAUCUCUCCGAGGAAGAGCGGGAUGUUUAUGACAAAAUGGAAUCUGAGGCCCGGAAAAUUAUAAAGAAUUAUUUGUCGGCUGAAAAAUUAGUUAGAAACUAUUCAACAGUACUGAGCAUCCUUGUGCGACUUCGGCAACUCUGCAAUGCUUUGGCUCUGUGCCCGCCAGAAAUCAGAGAUUUACUUCCUUCUCUGGAAGAUGUGAAGAACAAUCCAAAACUGCUGGAAAAGAUGCUUUCUGUGCUGCAAGAGGGUGAAGACUUCGAUUGUCCAAUUUGCAUUUGUGCACCAACUAAUCCAGUUAUUACAUGUUGUGCGCAUAUCUUCUGCCAAGCCUGCAUCCUUAAGGCCAUAAGAAGGUCAACAGCUGGCUGUCCCUUGUGCCGUCAUCCCUUGUCUGAUUCUGACCUUUUCUCAGCCCCUCCAAAACUAUUUGAGGCAGAAGAAGCUCUUGGUUCCUCUUCCAGCUCUUCAUCCAAAAUCGCUGUUCUUUUAAAACGGCUUUGUGAAACAAGGGAACAGAACCCAACAACAAAAUCAGUGAUAUUUUCACAAUUUCGGAAAAUGUUACUUCUCGUUGAAGAGCCUCUAAAAGCUGCUGGGUUCAAGAUACUGAUGUUAGAUGGCUCAAUGAAUGCCAAUAAGAGAGCAAAAAUAAUUAAAGAAUUCGAUGUUCCAGCACCAGGUGGACCUACAAUUUUGCUAGCAAGUCUCAGAGCAUCCGGUGCUGGAAUAAAUCUCACUGCCGCUUCUAGGGUAUAUUUGCUAGAGCCAUGGUGGAAUCCAGCAAUAGAAGAACAGGCAAUGGACAGGGUCCACCGAAUCGGACAAAAAGAAGACGUGCAGAUUGUAAGGAUCAUUGCUCGGAAUACUAUUGAGGAAAGGAUACUUGAGCUACAGGCAAAAAAAGCACUGCUGGCAAAAAAAGCUUUUGGCAAGGGGAUUCAGGGUCAACGAGAAAUAAGCAAAGAAGACCUUAUCACCUUAAUGCACUUGUGAGUUUAUCUUACUGAACAUUAUCCAUUAGUAUAGUUUUGCUUGUGUAUAAAUGUCCAGCUUGCAAAGGUUUUUGGUAGUUCUCUUUGCACAGCCUGCGUAGGCCAGAAAUUUAAUGUAGUGUUUGCUCUUUUUUUUCAUUUUUGUAUAGCGCUCCCUCCAACCACAAAAAAUAAUCCAGUUUGCUGUGUUGGUUCGGCAAAGUGGAAUAUUUUUCUGGGAUGGAAGCAGUAAUCAUUUUGCUGCAGCUUCCAGAUCUCUAUGUAUGUAUUGCGGUAGACUAGAGUUCUCUAAUCCCUUAGGUGGUGACCGUAUGGAAUGAGUGACCUCAUUCAUAAUUAACAUUCCAUCAGCUCAAAACAUAAAGUGUUGCGGGGAUUUACAUGAUCGUUGAAUCUGUAUGUCAGAACAUGUAAACCUUAACUGUUAGAAAUAAGCAAAA